UUUGUCAUUGCUAUGUCCCAUCAUUCGUGUAUUGGCUCGUUCUUUUCUUCAAGUCUUCAAUUUCUCAGUGAACUUCUAGACUUCCAUUCGCUUACACCACACUGUACACUACUCGUCCCGUUUAUCAUAAUCUUUCUGGUUUUUUCUUUUAUCCCUUUUGUCAAUCAAUCCUUUUUUGUGUGUAAGAAGAGAAAAGUUUUUGAAAUAAAAGAGUUUUUGGUUAUUCAUAAAUUCAACUUGUAUUCUUGUUCUUUUCGAAAACGAGAGGUUUUGAAUAUUCGGUGCGAUGGCGAUGGUUUGAAUAAUUUAUGUUAUGUUAAUUUUCUUUACGGUCUUCCCUGAAAAGUUAUGUGUGAAAAAUUUGCAUUGUUCACAUUGUUCGAAAUAUCGAUCGAAAAGUUAAAAAGGAAAAUUUAUAUCAAUACCAGAUUUGUCAACAAUUCUGUGAAAAUCUCCCUUUAACGAAACAAUAAACUGCCUUCAGCUGAAGAUAUACCUAAAUAUCAUCGUAAUCAUAUGUAACUCAAGUAUUGGAUAAUUUUAUAACACUUUAUCCGCCUUAUAAAAGGAUAUAAAAUAAGUAUCGAUGCAAGCUUAAUAAGGAUCUCUCAUAUUUUGUCGAAUUGAGCAAAAACGGGUGAAGACUAGAAAUUUUCGAAAAUGGGAGAAUCGAGCCGGGAAAUGCGUUUUGGUAUCACCUCACCUCCUGGCAGCACAACACAAAAAGGACGUGGGGAUGCAACAGCAUCAACAGCCUCAGCCUCAGCUUCAGCAUCGGCAUCAGCAUCAGCGGGACGUUCAAUAAUUCCUGCCGAUGAAACAGAAUCUUCAUCAGAUUUCAAUCAAUGGUUGCAUGCAAUGAAAAUGGUUGCACGUUUGCCUGGAGGGAUGCCACCAGAGUUUAGACGGAAGCUGUGGCUUGCUCUGGCUGACAAGUAUUUGAAAUCAAAAAAUGUUGACUGGGAAAAAGAAGAAGUCAAAUGUUUUAGCGAACAAUGGCGAGAAGAUGAUGAGGAGUUGGGUAUUCAAAUAGUUAAGGACCUCCAUCGGACGGGUUCGAGUCUUUGUUCAGGGCCAACUGGUACAAUUAAUCAAGCUAAACUUAAACGAAUACUCUUGGGGUAUGCUCGAUUUAAUCCAGAAGUCGGUUAUUGUCAAGGCUUCAAUAUGCUAGGAGCUCUUAUCCUUCAAGUUAUGGAUAAAGAAGAAAUCGAAUCGAUAAAAGUUAUGAUUUAUCUUGUUGAAGGAAUUCUUCCAAGUGGUUAUUUUAGUGGAUCAUUGGGUGGCCUUCAAGCUGAUAUGGCAGUAUUUCGGGAAUUGAUGACUAGUAAGCUUCCUAGAUUAGCGAAACAUUUACAAAAAUUACAAGGACCUGUUGAGAAUGCCUUUGAGCCACCGCUAACAAAUGUCUUUACAAUGCAGUGGUUCUUGACUAUGUUUUGUACCUGUUUGCCAAUGACAUGUGUCUUAAGAGUAUGGGAUUUAGUAUUGAUUGAAGGCAGUGAUGUACUUUUACGAACAGCUUUAGUUUUAUGGAGUUUAUUAGAAGAGCGAAUUUUAAAUGCAAGGACUGCAGAUGAUUUUUACUGUCAGAUGGGAUCAUUUUCGAGUGAACUUCUCAAUGGACACCUAGUCGACUCGAAUGGGUUGAUUGAGAAAGUUGUUGACUUGGGUCCCAUAACAGACUUGCAGAAGCUUAGAGACAAACAUCUUUACAAUAUUACACCCUUUAGAGAUAAAAAGGGUCUACAACUUUACUAUUCAGACGAAGAUGGUGACUCUGACGAGGACUCAAAAUUGGCCGUUGCCACAGCUUGGGGUCUUCGACUAAGAAGAGGUUCCGCGGGGCUUGGUUCUAAGAUCGAAGGCAAAGAUCGAAUUGCACUCGAUAUUUCAUUAUUGAAGAAACAAUAUGACCGUUUGCGUGAACGACAGCGUCAAGCCCACAUUAUUCUCACUUCAGCUGUGGCUCGUCAAGGCUCAAAUCAAAAUCAAUCUUCCCUUCAAAUGAAUCAACUACUGAUGGGACGCAAUGCAAUUGUGUCCAAUAAUGGCCGACGCCUUGGACCACCUCAAGGAGCAAUACCACCGGCAAGGAAGCCAUCACUUCCAACAUCCAAACCACCAAAACUUGCACAAACCAAGAAGCUUCUUAGUGGCGAAACUCUUCACUGGAGAGAUACUGAUCUCACGAAACGAAGAAGAGGCAGUCUCAAGUGGAAAGAUAUAAAACCGGAUUCCCAGUCGGGAAUGGAUGAUCGUCCGGCGCCACUAAUCGAAAGUGCCCCCUCAUCAAGAAGUAGUUCAUCAGAGCCAAAAUCAAGGAGAACGACCAUCAAAGCAUCACGUCAACGAAGUGAUUCUUCAUCGUACAGCGAAGAAAGUGAUGGCAAUUCCAGCACCAGCACAAGUCUUUGUGAUGAAGAUGAAAUAGCUGACCAUAAUUUAUCUUCCUUGGAGGGAAGUCCGAUGAGAAAAGUAAAAUCCAGUAAAAAACAUUCAGAAGUUUCAAAGCAGAAAAGCCUGGAAGAUGUCCUCAAUAGCAACGAUGGCCAACCGACGGUAGAUAACCAAAUACCGUUUAUUCAAUUAACGACAAUAGAAUCACCUGUUUUGAAUGCCAAUAAGACUGAUGUCGAUCCUCUGGAAUAUGGCAAAGAAGAAAGCGAAACAGAAUCCAAUCGACUCGAUUAUGCCGGCUUUGUGGACGAUUUCAGCUGGCCCGAUAUAAAUGAACCAGCAACCAGCAGCGUUUCACUUGAGGACACAACAAUCGAUGCGACUUCCGUUGAGGGAGAUUUUCUUUCUUUAUCGAAUGUGAUUACGAGCACAAGUCAGCUGUCCCCGAUGCCUGAUAUCACAACCUACAUAAACAAUUCAAACAUAAGCCCUCUACGAACUCCAAUAUCGUCCUUUAACUAUGCUAGUUUAGUAGUGAAUAUGGAUGAAUCGAAGAAGUUUGAUGUCAAUGAAGAAGGUGUAACCAAUGAGUACUUUGAGAGGGUAAAUAUUGUGGAGAGACCAACUAAAUUAGAUCUCCUCUACUCUUUGAAUGAGGAGGAUAGCAUACGAAAUGCUUAUGUGAGCUGUGAACCAUCCCCUGAGUCUUCAAAAGAUUUGGAGGAUCGGAAGAUUGAGGAACCCGAAAUAGACAAUGCAAUGGAGAACCAAAUUUCCGAAGAGGAAAGAGACAGAAAAAUGAAAGUUCUUCAAGAAUAUUCCAAUAAGUCUUCGCUUUCUUUCAUCGCUGAAGCUAAACAGGAAAUUUCAUCGGGAAUGUUUAAGGAGAUGGAAUUCGAUGUAGAGUCAUUAAAGUACCAACCUUCAACACUUAUUCCGCUAAAAAAACCAUACGCAUUGAACUUGAAAACGGAUACUACAGAUUCGACUGUUUCAAACUCCGAAGCAAACGAUUACUCAAAAAUAGAUACACAAGCUGAAGAAAUAUCAGAAACUAACCGUCGAAGUUCGAAUAGCCCUCUGACCUGCACUCCACCAAAGAAUCUUGCUGAAGAAUUAGCGGAAAUAGAGUUCAAACCAGGAGAAGAUAUGAAGCCUGCAGAGAAUGCUCAUUCUGAAGAAGUUGACAGCAACGAAGAGAAGUCUUAUGGCGAUGAAGUAUCAACCGGAACUAAUAAUAAUAUUCCAUCAACUGAGGACCUUGAGACAAGGUUUAGAGCUCUUGAGAUGAAUUUUAGUGGAAGAAAAGAAAGUUUAAGCAAUAAAGCCAACGAAGAUAAACCACUUUCAAAAGAAAUCAAUCAAAUUGAGGUACCUGGUGAAGAAUUGAGUUCUUCAAGGAAGUCUAUUGAAGAAAUCGAUAUAACUAAGAAAGAUUCUCCCAAUUAUAAAGAGGUUUCAAAAGCUGAAGCUCUUUCUGAAAGUGUACAUGGUACAAGGAAUUCCAUCGAAGAAGUCGAGUGUAAGGAAAGAUCUUCUAGUAUAAAAAAUGAUGAAGCUGAAGCUUUGCCACUUGGAACCAUUAAAAAUGAUGAUGUUAAAUCGGAAGAAGUAACACAAAUAAAUGAGAUACCAGAAGAUGAGCCAAAAGUUAUAGACGUUUCUAAGCCUCGUCCUAUUUCCGAAGACUUGGCGUCAACUAUUGACCAAAUUUCUGCUUCCCUACAUGAGGAUCAGAAUUCUUUCGAGAAAAAGACGGAUUCCUUCGAAAAUGUCGACGAAGAACUAAAAGAUCGUAACUCACCUUUACUUAAAAAAGGAGAAGAGCCUCCAGAAAAUACUAUUAGGAGCAAAGAAGCAGAACAGCUUGAAGAAAAUAUUAAUCCAAUAAAACGAUCUUCAUAUAAUGAUCAAGAGGCAAGUGAUCUUCCAGUUGAUUGUCUUAACUCUGUUUCUUAUCCAUAUUCUAAGCAAAUAGAACUUGAAGAACAAGUUGAAAAAGAAGGUCUCAUAGAAAAACGAAAACAAUCUUUUCCUUCUUAUGAAGAAGAAAAUUCUUCUAACAAAAAUUAUUCAGUAGAACAUCAAUCUGCUGAUAAUCAGGAUCACACAUUUAUGGAAGAUAAUACAAAAACAAUAAAUCAAUCUUUGAUUCCAACGGAAAAUAAAGCCGAUCUUCCUAUGUCAACAUGUAGUCCAGAGCACUUGAAUGAUGAUUCGAGCUCUUCUGAUAUUCGUUAUCAGUCUAAUGAUUUGAAGCAACCUCAAGUUUCUAAAGAUUCAAAAUCUCCGUCUGAGUUAGACGAACACAGUGAAAAGCUUUAUUCUUCUUCAUUUGAUCCUGGUCUUCUUUCAGACGAGAUUGACGUUCAGCAAAAUCUUCAACAAUCAACUACAGUAGAAUUGUCAAAGGAAGAAAGGGCUGCCGAUGGAAGGGCAGAAUCUUUUUCUGAAAAAGAUGACCUUGCUCAAUCUGUACUUAAUAAAGAGCUGCUAACUAAAAGUUCAGAGUUAGUUACUCAACAAACUAAAGGUGAAGGCAAUCAAGAGGAAAGCUUUAAUUCUACGGACAAAAACGAAGCUUCGCAAGAACAAAUAUCUAGCUUAACAAAUGUGAACACAUCAAUAACUGAGGAACUUAAGUUAACUGAUGUAAAAAGCAUGGACAACGGAGAAAUAGUUUCUAAAAAUAAAACAACGUCUCUUAGAACUCAAGAUCUUUCUCAUAAUAAUGACUUUCUUUAUGAGCAUUCAAAAACAGAAGAUGCCGAUAAGAUUCAUGUAACAUCGCAGAAGAAAAAAGUCUCUCUCCCAACACCUGCGAGAGAUAUUCCUUCUGAAUUUCAACUCACUUCUUUCGACGAUUCAGUAGUAAAAAAUCUAAGUGACGAUAGUAAACGGUCACUUCUUCCUAAAGACGUGAAAAAGGGGCUUCAAUCUCCAACUGCCAAAAGUCUUUCAAAUGAUGGUGUUCUUUACUAUGAACAUCAUCCAGACAAUGAAUAUGGAACUGAGACAGAAGGUAUAAAUGAUCCACAGCAGUCGAAAGAUGAUUCAGCACAAACCCAAUUAGAGAAGACCGAAACUUCAAGCAAUCAAGAGAAAACUCCAACUGACAUAGAAUCAGUAGGCGAAGAAAAGGCAAUUGUUAAGUCUUCAACUACUUCCGACAAAAUUGAGACUACGGUUCUUCAAAAACUUGAUGACAGAGAACGGGAUUCACCAAAGAUCACAGCUCUAGACAAACCUUUAUCGACAUAUUCUUUUUCAUAUACACAAGAUCACUCCAAAGAUCAUGUAAGUUUUCUUUCGGAAAUUCAAAGCUCAGCUGAUCAAGAAACCUGUGCUUUACAAAGCACAUUUGAUAUGAAGCAUCAUUCUGCACAGAAUUUAAUUGCUGUAACAACUUCCGUUUCUGUAAGAAACGCAGCAUCUUCUGUUAAAUCUUCAGUCUCAAUUAAAAGUUCCGUUUCCCUUAAAAGCUCUUCACUUUACGAUCGUGAACGCUCCCUAAGUGUUAACACCGGUAUAACUUCUGUUGAAGAUUCAAAAAUCGAAGAUUCUAAAGUUAUCCCAGGAAAUCAUCUAGAACUUAGUGAAGGCAACAAAAGAUUAAGUGAAGACAGAAACAAUGAAGUUACUGUUAGCCUCGUACAAUCUAAAUACAAAGGCUUACAUGCAUCAGCCAAUACAUCUAAUAUUUCUUUGUCCAUGCAUCUUCCGAAUUAUGCUGGGACUUCUAAUGAAAUGAAUCAAUCCAAAGCUGAAGCCAUUUUGGAACGUGAAGCCCUAAAAAUUACCGAUGAGGACACUUCAGAAAUCAAAACUAAGAAAAAUGACAUCGAAAGCUCUAAGGAUCAGAUUGAAUCUAAAACUGGUGAUGAAUCACAGAAACGUAAAUCUUCAUAUUCACAAGAUAUAGAUAAUAGGCUUCGAGCAUUGGAAAAACAAUUUAGUGAUAGAGUUUUAUCGGAUUCCAAGGAAUCAAAAAGUCCUCCAAAAACCGAAGAAAAGGAACCCAUCAAGGAACAAAUUCUUACUCUUGACGAUGUCCAACCAAGUAAACUUGAAAAUGAACCAUCGACUUCAAAGAGAUCUUCACUUGAAACAGAAGCCAUUUCUAAAGAAUCACCUGAAAAGGUUGUUCCCUCAACUGCUGAUUUGGAACAUAGAUUUGCAGAGCUUGAGCGAAAACUAAGUGAAAAAAAUAUACACCUUCCAGCGAAAAAUGAAAAUAAACACCAACAAGAAGACAGUAGCGCCUCGAAGCAAAGCUCUUCAACUCCAGCAAUUAUUCUGUCUAAAAAUGAAGACACAUCUUCAGUUAGAGAAACUGAUGAUUUCUCUAACAAUGAGAACUUUUCGCAACCUAAGGAAGAUCAACAAUCAACAACUAGAAGACGAAUUCCAUCAACUGAAGAUUUAGAAACUCGAUUCGAAGCCUUAGAAAUUCAAAAAUCCCUCAAGUCUCCAACAAACUUACUAUCACCAUCGAAAAUCAAGGAAGACUUUUCAGUGGCUUCCAACGAGUUAGAUGCAAAUAGAAAAUCUGAAAUUCCAUCAACUGAAGAUCUUGAAAAUAGAUUCCAAGCCCUCGAAGAGAGCAAGAAAGUUGGCCAAGCUUCAAAAACAAACACAAAAAUUUCAAAUGAAACCGAAUCCCAGGAACAAACGAAACCUUCAGCCAAUGGAACCAGGGAAAAAAUCAAUUCUAAUUCCGAUAAAGAACAUCGUUUCAAAACCAAAGAAAUUCCCAAAGUCACCUUUGCUGACACAAGUGAUAUUAAAUUAAGAGACAAAAUGUCUUCAGAAAAAAUUGAAACAUCUGACGAAGAACUAAUUCAAAAAUCAACAGAAUCUGAACUCGGUCGAGAACGAAUUCUUCGAAAAGUUCCUUCUGCCAGAGAUCUGGAAGCAAGAUUCGAAGCAUUAGAAAAAAGAAAAUCAUUUACAGGAUUUAGUACUAAAACUCAAGAGCAUCUCCUUGCCGAACAAAACCGAAAUUAUUUAAGUUCAGAUUCAAUAAACUCAGUGGAAACGCUCAAACGACGAGAAGCGAAUGAUAAAAAAGUUGCAUCAACUGAAGAUCUAGUUCUAAGGCUUGAUGCUUUAGAGCAUAGAUUGGCAAUAACCGAAAACUCAAUCAAAAACAAAAUGUCUGCACCAUCAGACACUACUCAUUUAGCUCAAACCACUCCGAAGAAGUUUUCACCAAAAUUUGACUUUGAAUGCAGAUUUGAAGCUCUAGAUAAGCCCAAAGCGUUCAGUGAGGCUUGUACUAAGGAAAACACUACCAACCCCAGCACAAAAAAUUCUUAUGAUAGUCAAAAAAGCGCACUGGUAUUUCCCAGAGAUGCUUCUCAAGAAACAAAAUUGAAUUUCAUAAAAAGAAGUCUAUUCGAACCAGAACCAGAACCAAAGUGGCUUCCUUCAACCGAAGAUCUAGAAAGUAGAUUCGAGGCUUUAGAAAAACAAAAAAAUAGAACCCUCAGCAACAAAAAAAAGAUCGCUCCCGAUAAGGAAGAAAAAAAGUCAACACAAAACUGGGAAACAAGAUUUGAAGCAUUCGAACAUCGAACACCAAAAAUAAGUCCAUAUUCAAAGACAAUACCCGCUCUGGAGACAGACACUCAAUCGAAAUUCCCCUCAACAAGAGAUUUAGAGAGUAGAUUUGAGGCUUUAGAACAACAGAAAUCCCUAAACGACAGAUCAGCAAAAUUAAAAGACUUCCAGAAAAGAUUCACUCCCGAAAACGACUUCAAAACAUCUCCUCUAUACAGCAAACCCGUACAGCAAGAAAUGCAACAACAGCUAACAACAACAAAAGCUCUGUCGAGCAGAUCGAUAGAUAAGGUUUUAGAACAAAUCUGUACUAAAACUGAAGAAAUAGAACGAGAACACCAAAUGCACUCAAAAGUACCCUCGACACAGGACUUGGAGAUACGCUACCACGACUUACAAAUACAAACUAAACGAGGUGACGACUCCGAACUUAAAAACGUUGAAAAUUUAGAACAAACAACUGAUUCUAUAGAACUUACAGGCAAUCACAAACGAAGAGAUCUAUACAAACUGGAAUCUCAGAGCGACGAAACCCUAACGGUUUCAAAUCCAGCUAGUAACGAAUUUGAAACUAAAUCCGAAUCUCGGCCAACAUCAUGCCCCGAGUAUCGAGAUCCAUUCGAUUCGAAUAUCGUCACCACCGACAGGGUACUCAAAAUAAUAGAAGAAAACUCCAAGAUAUUACACCGAAUUUUAAAAAAGACUCUUGCAGAUUCCGGUGGAAAUGGAAAUUCGAGCGAGUCAAUGAACUCCCGAUCUGGCUUCACCGAUUCGCUGUUGGCCCUGGGAAACAUCUUCCCUCGGAAUGACGAAAGCAUUUCACCCAGUCGCAUUAGAUCACAAUCACGAGUUCGCUCGACCAUUACAUUUCGUUCAGAAGAUAAUAGCAUAACCGAUCGAUUAGCUUCCAUUAAGAGCACAAUCAAAUCGAUAGACACCUUGUGUGAAGAUCAAUCCUCGCGCAAGGAUAAAUGUCAACGAUACAUAGAUUCAUUAUUCAUCGCACGUCCAAGCAAUAGCAAUUCAACAUCCCCAAUUCCCCCAAUAUCGAGGCCAAUGAUAAAGGUUGACGAGUUCGAGAGUAGCAGUAGACACCCUCCCCAAGACCGUGUAGCUUUGAGAGAAUUGAAGAAAGAAACCUCACCACGCCGGAGACGCGACGAAGACCGCGAGGAGUAUGAGAGCCGGGUAAGACGAGACAUGAUGCCAAAUAAUGUAGAUGCACCUAGUGAAUUUAGUUGUAGCUUAGAAAACAUUGCAAAAGUAGAUAGUGAAGUAGAUAGAAUUAAUCAAGACAAACAAGUCGAGACGCAGCUAGAGAGACCUCUAUCUCCCUACUACGCUCCCGGAUAUGAUCUAAACGACAGGUCCAUUACUCCGGUGGUCUAUAUACCAACAAAACUGGAAAUUCGGCACACGACCGUAACGUCAACUUUUUACGAUCGCUACCUCACAGAGAAACACAUUGAGAGAACCUUCCCGAGGAGCAAGAAACAUUCCCCCGUCUCGCCGACCAUAACCAAAAGCCACUUGGACAUCUCUAAUUUCAAUUCCCCCGAUUUAGACGAUCGAAGCUCAAAAUCUGCCGAAAAUUCACCAUCCAGAAGAAAGGACGGUCUAUCCCCUUCCCCGAAUCAAACUGUGUCAGCCGCUGCAUACCGACGCAGCUUUAUCUCAUCACUUGAGGUUGCACAAAAAGAUUUACACAUUCGAAGCUGUGAUAACAUUCUUCUUCAGCUAAGGUCCUCAACACAAAACAACAAAGACGUUGUCCCAUCCAUCAUGGUGUACAAUCCACUUCCGACCAAGAUCCGAAAGUCCCCAGAGCUCGGAAUAAGUUUGGGUCUCUACAAGGACUAUGGCAGUGAUGCCUCAUCCAAAAGCUGAAAGAAUUCUAAAACAUCUAUUCCAAUAUAUUUUAAAAAAUAUAAUAAAUACGAGUACAUGUAGGUUGUCCAACUUAAAAAAAUGAAAAUGAAAAUUCAAACACAAUUUUCGAAUCAAAUUCGAACAGAAAAAUAAAAACAAAAAACUAUAUUUUGAAGUAGAAGAAUAAAAUUUCAGGAAUAUUAAACAAAAACCAAAAAGCAAUAUAGAUACUAUUUUCAUUGGUGAAAAUAACGGUAGUAAUAGUGAGAAACAGCAAAACUAUUUUCAUCAGGUAUUUAUUAAAAAAUAAAAUCUUAAACAAAAACAAAAAACUAAACUCUUUAAACAAUCAUCCCUUUUCUAUGACUUUGAAUGAAAACCACUAAAAUUAAACAAAAAUUAGUAAUUAAAUAAAAUAAUCGUUGUUAUUUCGUAUUCUGUUCGAUUUCCUUUUUCACUAAAUUUCGGAAUUCUUUCUUCUAUAGUUAAAUGCGUUCUUCAUAACAUAAAAAUAUAAAUAUUAUAUCAAUUGAAAAAAAAAAGAAGUUUAUAACAAAAAUACUAUUUUAAAACUUAUAAUGUUAAUGACUGAUAAUAAC